GCGGAGCUCACGAGACAACAACAUGCUACUUUAUCUGUUCGUGUAAUACUUUUGUUGUUUAAGUAAGAAAGUGUAUAUGUUUUAAGUAUUUUUUCUAGUGUACUUCGUCCCCAUAUGCGCAAUUCAGAUCUCGGUUCAUCGAAAACGUUGUAAAGAUGCCUGUCCUGUGCAGUAACUGUAUCGACAAGCGUGCUGUGCUGAAGCGUCCAAAAACAGGCCACUCGCUGUGCAAGGAGUGCUUCUUCUGGGCCUUUGAGGAGGAGGUGCAUCAGACGAUCGUGGCAGCAAAGCUGUUCAAACAUGGGGAGAUAGUGGGAAUUGCCGCCUCGGGUGGAAAGGACUCCACAGUGCUCGCACAUGUAAUGAAGCUCCUAAAUGAGCGGUACAACUACGGCCUUGAACUUAUGCUUCUCUCAGUGGAUGAGGGAAUCUCUGGUUACCGAGAUGACUCCUUGGAGACGGUGAAGAGGAAUCAGCAACAGUACGAGCUGCCAUUGAAGAUCGUGUCGUACGAGGAGCUGUACGGCUGGACUAUGGAUGCUAUAGUGAAGCAGGUGGGACGGAAAAAUAACUGCACCUUCUGUGGAGUGUUCAGAAGGCAGGCUCUCGACAGAGGAGCCAUCAUGUUGAAAGUGGACAAGAUAUGUACAGGUCACAAUGCUGAUGAUGUGGCAGAGACGGUUUUGAUGAACGUCUUGCGAGGGGACAUAGCUCGUCUGCGCCGAUGCACUGCCAUCUCCACAAGCAGCGAAGGCGAAGGGGUCGUGCCGCGCUGCAAGCCCCUCAAGUAUGCGUACGAGAAAGAGAUUGUUCUGUAUGCGUACUUUAAGAAGUUGGACUACUUUUCCACUGAAUGUAUCUACUCUCCCAAUGCUUAUCGGGGCCAUGCGAGGACCUUUUUAAAGGACCUGGAGAGUGUGAGGCCGAGCUCCAUAAUGGAUAUUGUUCACUCGGGGGAGAACCUCUCUGUGCGGGAGGGCGUGAAGAUGCCUGUGCAGGGGACCUGCAAACAAUGUGGCUACAUCUCCAGCCAGGCUCUGUGUAAGUCAUGUGUGCUGCUGGAGGGGCUGAACCGAGGUCUGCCGAAGCUGGGCAUUGGCAAACACCACCUGCUGCAUGACAAAAUCCUCUCCAAGCAGCCUCUUACUGAGAAGGAGGAGAGGAAGCUGAAAUCGGUAGACUUUUGACAAUUAUGAUCCCC